UAAACUGAUACGCUGUAGCAAUUUAUUUGCCACGAGGUCUUUCUUUUCGAUUUGUUAUGAGCGAAGAAUCCUUCUCUCAGUUGUCGCGGUCGUUAGGUACUUUUCUGAGUGAAAUGAAUGCACAGGAUCGGGAUGCGGCGUCUACAAAUGGCCAGCCUACUGGACUGGGCAAUCUUGGCCCCGUAUUCACCGCACAAACGACGGGCGUUCGGUCUGGAUCGAAGUCCAGUGGAGCCAAACCCACGAGAACCUUCCUCUGGCUUGGCUCAGAUACUACAGCUUCAAAUGCCCAAGGCCAAGUAGAAGGCAAACGAAUUAAGUUCGAUAAAUCAUUCAAUGAAAUGGAAAUGCUCUCCCUCUUGAAAAGGGAAUUUAAGGAGAUAGGCAACGCGAGGUAAGUUACUUCUGACUGUCAUUGCGCGAAAAAUUCGAAAUGCAUUAAUAAAUUAUGCGCCUGUUCGUGAUGGGCUGGGGAUGUUAUUAUUCCGGUUUCGUUUAUUUUAUAUGAUUGUCUUGAACUUGAAAUACAGAUAUGUAUUAUGUAUUAUUAUAAAAGACUAAAGUUUAGGGGUGGGACUUCUCGGUGUUGUGGGGCAAAGGUCGUUCUCCUAGGCGUUUAGGUUUGGAGAAUUUGUAUCCCAAAUCGUAAAAUUUGCAAUAAGCUGGGCUUCAUCUUCGGAGUCGCAACAAAGUGGCGAACAGAUGUGGUUGGUGGGUUGGUCAUCAUCUCCCAAACUGUGGUAGCAAAUUUUAUCCUUGAUGUUGGCAUUCCAAAAAUUCACUCUGGCAGGUAGAAGAACAAUAAUUUUUGCUAUUUCUGCUGAGAUCAAAUUAGUCGUCAGACUGACAUGCUAUAAUUUUGGGGACACGUGGAUCAGGGGAAGGGGGUCAAGGGAGUGUCGCGACUAAAAAUAAUGUCGAUACCAUUUCUUAUUUUAAUAUUAUCUCUCGAGACAUGAGCAAAUUUCUUUACACUUGGUUGUUGUGCCUUAAUAUCGGUUUGUAAGAAAUUUGAACCACACAUGUAAGAGGAGCACUAUUGACAAUUGUGAUCCAAAAUCAGUCUCUUUAAUCCAAACCAAGGGUAUGUAUUGUGUUGGCAACAACAACAGGAGAACUCUUAAGGGGGCUGUGACCGUUUUAUAGAGGUGCACAAAAAAUUCAAAAUCAUUUCUACAAUAGUCUAUAUUAUUUCGGGACUAUCUCUUAAAACAGAGGCCACUUGAUAGAGGGUGACUGCUUUAUUGGUAGCGACAAUGCCAAUCUAGGUUACUGAAUUUACUUUACUGUAUCAAUGCAGGAACAGCCAUAAAGAGAGUUGCAUCCCUUCAGUUUACUCCCACCAGCACAACUAGCCAGCUGGAAUAACAAGUCUCAUUGAGCAUAAAUCUGAUUACUUACUAAUGACAAUUUGGAUGGCCCUAAUGCUUAUUGUUCUUCGGUCUCUACAUGGUGUACUGUAUGAUGAUUCCACACUCAAGUCUUUUCUUGUCAUCUAGUAGUUAACCAAUGAACCUUGUAAAAUAACACUUAAUUAUUAAUGUGAAUGUUUUCAUCUUUUCAGCACCAUAAGGUUUUUAAAGGCAAAACCACAUGGCAACCAUGCCCUUUCACCUGUUGGAACGAAUCUCAGUGGGAAGGCUGUUGCAGAAGAAUUUAAAACCUCUUCAACUCGAGUGUUUUUAUCCCAUGACCUUUUUGCAGACAAUAUGCCGUCAACAACAGCAACAUCAGUAUCGUUAGCAACAACAUCAACUGCAACAGUAACAUCAAUAGCAACAGCAACAGCAACGACAACAUCUGUGACAAGUAAUGAUUUUGUUGUAGGUGGAAGUGCAAUCACUGCAGAGAAAGAAAACAAGUGCAUUAAAGGUUUGUCUGUUUGCUCCAGACUAAAUACUGUCCCAUAGAGAGCUAUUUCUGCAUGAGAGCAGGGAGUAUAAUUUAGUGCGAGGUGUGGAAAAGUGAGACUGUUACUGCAGUAAGCUGUGAUUGCAAGUGCUUCUACUUGCGAGCAUGAUAAGUCGUUAACAUGAUGUUGUCACUGACCUAUAAUAGCCAUUUACCAGAUGAUAAAAAAAAUUGCCUUUUCUGUUACUGCAAGUACCUCCUGCAGACCUUUUGGCUUAUAAGUUAAUUUCUACUCAUGCUCCACAAUCCCUACAGAGAAAAAAAGAGAGAGUCUGUGUACCAACUAGGUAAAUGCCAUUCUCCCCUUUUUUGCAGGCGAGUUUGGUCCAAGUUAUAAGGGAGGAUCUUUUCCAGGUAACACAUUUUAACCUUCUUGACCCAUUCUAAUUAACCCCUACUUUCAAAGACUUGGUUGCUUAAUUGUUUCAACAUUUCACAUAUAUUGCAUAUUUUUGCAGUUUUCUUUUAAGGUUGUUGUUGUUGUUGUUGUUUUUUUUUUCAUUCACAGUAGGGACAAUAGUUCAAGACCUAAAUGAUAGGGGGCUGUAUGAACCAGGUAUUCAUUUAAAGUACUGUUCCAAACCCUACCUUUUCAUAGUCACCCUUUGGCUACCUAAGUGAAAAAUAAAAAAAAAAAACGGCUCAAAUUUUGCAAUUAAAACUACACAAGACGUACAGAACCCACCAAAGAUUUGGAGCAUCUCAAGGCUUAUAAUACCCAGACACCAGAGUGACAGAGGCAAGCUUUAAGAAAAAAAGGAAGCAUACCGUUGUGAUUUUCAGGCUAUUAAUUCUUCUAAUCAUUAGCUACUGAGAAUGCCAUAGCUUGGCCAUGAUAGCAGAAAAAUUGGUAGCCGCCAACUGUCUUUGAAUGACUUACUUAGCAGAGAACUUAUCUUAUAAUGGCUGGUAUUCUAGUUAAAUGUGGCUGCUGGUGGAGCAGAAUUCUGCUAUUUGUAUAUAAUGAUGUUGAGGAAGUUAUAAUUUACCAUUACCUUGUAUUUACGAUUCUUUGUUGUAUUUUUACAGGAAUGCUCCAUUCGGACCAAUUAUUACAGCCUCUGGGUGUUGUGUUAGGUCAAGCCAACGUAAAUGGGUUGCCUUUUAUUGGAGUUUCUUUCAAAAGUGUAAGUCAUUAACAACAAUCUACAAAAUUAUCGACAGAUCAGCGCUAUGCAACAACAACCAUAGAUACCAGAGCUGCUUGUAAAAUGAACAACAUGAUAGUAUAAGGGGAUAAUAGCCCAGAAAGGGACAUUUGGCUGCAGACAUGUAGAUGUCCUACCAUCACAUAGUUCCUGCUGUAUUGAAAAGUUAUCAAAUUUUAUUAUUAUUAUUAUUUUUUUUGGAGGGGGGUUGGGGGGGGGUGUUGUUAAAAAGUCUUGAAUUUUUGUUGGGUUCUGUGAAAAGGUUUUGAAAUUUUGUUUGGCAUCCUUGAACCUUGAAAUGUUUUUAAAUUUUAUUUUUUCUUGAAAAACACUUGAAUCACAGUGGAUGUCCUGGAAAAGUCCUUGAAAGCAAUUUUUUGUAGACUUUGGUAUUCCUUUCCCCUGUUUAGCAAUUUUACACACUGCAACAGCAUUUUAUGAAGAGAAAUUGAGAAAGAAAGUAAUCCACUUCAAAAGUACGUCUAUUGCAGAUUUUCCAGCGGUUGUUAGUUCUAUGUUUCGCUGGCUUCUUCAGGAAACAAUGCUUUGAAGGUGUUCUUUUCAUGCUUGUUUAUACUGAUAAAGAUAAAAACUGUAGAGAAGAUGAGAAUUAAGGCAAACAUUUGAUGCCUUAAAAAUUCUCGUAUUUUCUAAGACUGGGAACACGCAUCUUAAUGUAAAAUCUGUGAAAUAACAAAUCUGGAAUUUGGUUCAUGAGUAGUCCUCAACUACAGGUUGAAACUUUUUGUAUGAAUCCUACAUCAGUUAUGACCUAAUUUCCAUUCAUUAUUGUUUUAAUUAAAUGAUGAUUCUGUCUUUAGCUUUGCCAACACAUUUAUAAGGGGCCAAGAAUUGCAGUGGUGGUUGUCUUAAACAACCAUGACACACACCUCUCUCAUGAAGAAUGCCAGAUGCUGAGGUAAAAUCCAUUAACAGGCACAACUCUUACAAACCAUCUUUCAUGCCACCUUGGACACAGAGCUGUAAGAUCAAAUGAAAGUAUUCAUUACUGAGGCCACAAUAUCCAUACAUGACUAUCUGAUAACAUGCAAAUUAUUUAAAUAUACAGUUACAUGUUUAAGAAUUUAGAAUUUUCUAUGGACACAAUGCUAUUCAUUCUAUUUCUUCAGUAAGGAAUGCAGGAACAACCACUGGUAUACUCCCCUCAAAAUUUGUUUUUCCAAAGAGUUAAAACAUGCAGCAGCUAUUCUUAUUGAGAUGUUCUCUGCAGCUUUAUAAAUUACAACAUACUAGGUACGAGAGGCUUUAAUGAUCUGUUCUUUGCUAAUAAUAAUUAUUAUAAUGUAUCAUCUUAACAGCAGGGAGGGCUUGUAUGAGGGAAGAAAGGAAUUAGCAAAAUUGUAUCUUGACUAAUAUUCGAGCAAAAGUGAAGUUUAUCAGUAAGUAGCUAGAGAAUAGAUGUUGUGGAUGUGGUAUCAUGUAUCUGUUUGCAAUUGUUAUCUAUUCAUAGUGACCUAAAAGAGGUGUGUAUCACCGAAAAACUUCUCUACGACCCAGAUCCUUUGAUUUGGAUUUCGGGUCAAGGCAAGAGAGAAGGAAGGAAAGGUAAUAAUAAAAAUAUUGUUAACACCUUUUCACCAUGUUUUAAUCUGGUCAUCAAUGGACUAAACCCUAUAAAACAUUCAUUAGAAAGGUCCACUUCUUUGUGCAUCCAUUUUGGGAUAAAGUGUUUUGCCCUCCAGGCUUGAAAUAGCUAUCUUAAUAAUAAUUAUUAUAAUUUCCACCUAUAAAAACACCUAUAAAAACACCUAUAAAAUACCAACCAUUUCACUCUUAAAAAAAUUGAUUGCUGCAAAUGGCAGUUUAUAGUGGCAUAGUAACAGUGAUCUUUUCACACUUGAAGAUAACGCAUUAUUUCAUGUGUGAAGAGUCACAAUGUUUUUUGCUCGGAAGCUCUCCUGAUAUUCCUUGGUGUUGAUAUAAUAAUUUUCACUCUUCUUGUCUUAUAGCAUUACAAACAGUUGGCGGACAGGGAUUCCAAUGUCCCCAAAUCCUUAUUCUUGCACCUUCACUCCGUGCGUCAACUGUGCCUAUGUUGGUGGAGCGAUUUUCCGGUAGGGAAAAACUCUUUAAAACUUAUAAUGGUAAAAAAUAAUUAGUUAUAAUAAAUCAAAGUAUAUUUUGCAAUUUAUCUUUAAAACUGUGGUCAAUAUCCCAAUUAAAGUUUUAACAAAUUUUUCAGAAUGGUUUACGUGGACGGAGCUUAAAGAGGCCUUAACAAAAGCCAAAGAAACGCUAGAUUUGGUGCAUCUGGCCAGAGACAGGUUUGUGAAAUUAUGUUUUUGGGAGUGUUUUAGAGUGCUUUAUGUUGUUUUUUUUUUUUUUUGCAUUUUGAGUUUUUGGUGGUUGUUUAAUGUUACCCAUUCAUUGUUUUGACUAUUUACAAAGGGAAAAACAGUCCACAAAGGAGACAGAACUCACAGAAAAGACAGUCAGUCACAAGGUACCAGACUUCAUCUAAGCUUCCCUUGUCCAGAUUUCUCAUAUGGUGAUGGGAAUCAUGCCAAAAGGGCAAAAAAGGCUUUUGAUCAGUCAGGGUUAUUCUUAUUUGAUUUGUAUUUUCCAUUGUACUGUUGAACGUAACCGUGCCACAAAGAUGAUCUCUGUGCUUCUAAUCAUGUUUCCUUUCCCAUUAAAUGUCUGCUGGUCUCAAGCGGGUAUGAAAUAGAUUAAUGUUUACCAUCCUUACUUUGGGUAGUAUGUUGCUGUAGACAGGAAGGCCUUCUUCUUUUAAAUACUGAUUUUUCUUACAUGUUUUCUUCAUCAUGAGCUACAACUCAAUUACCUAUAAUGUAUAUCUUAAUAUUUUUCCGCAUAUGUCUGCAUUAUAUGUAUAUAUGUAUAUAUGUUACAGGUCAAAUUACAACCUGUGUGGUAUUCAUCUUCAGAGUCAAAGUGAGUCGUAUCACAUCAGUUGAUGGUAUUAUACUCUGGUUAUUGGCCUGAUUGGUCAAUUACGUUGUGAUGUUAUUGGUCCUCCGUCAGUAAUGUAAUUGGUGUAAUCAGGGUGCAAAGAAAGUCAGUUUUACAGCCUGCCAUUUGGGCAAGCUGUAGCUAGCAUGUACUAGCCCACAAGUCAGUUUAACUAGCCCCACAACCCUUUUUGAUUAGCUGGAUUUUACAAUCCUUCUGUAAUCUGAAUUUCUCCAUUUUUGCAAACAACAGCACUUACCCGUCGGGCAAGUUAAGAACAAAAAUCAUUAGCCCGAUAGCAAAAUCCACCAGCCCUGGGCUAUCGGACACGACUUUCUUUGCACGCUGUGUAAUCCAAUGUAAUUGGUGUGUCUCGAUCCAUCUAUUGUCACAGACAACAGUUUCCUAUUGUUAGUCAAAUUGUCAGCUGUCCAGUUGUUCUCUCAUAGUUAGUUUUGUUUGAUUUCAUCAAUAAGUCCUUUGCACGGUGCCAGUACCUAUUGACCACGAUUCAGUGGCGUUUGUUUCAAGUUAGUAAUGUUAACCCAAGUAGACAUUGAUGCACAAGCCAUGUAUUUUAUUAAAAUGGUCAAGAUGUCUUCAUUAUUGGCUUGGUACCAUUACCAUUACUUUGUGGAAGUCAUGGCUCUUAACAAAAUUAAUAUACACCUUUGGUAAUUGUUUGAGUACUGAUUACCAAUUAACUUUUCCUUCUAUAAUGUUUUAAUGCAGUCUGACAAAUGCACCACAGGUACAGUGGUUGACAGUGAUGAAGGGGAUAUGGUGAGUGAGAAGAGUUUGAUUAAUUCAAUGUAUAAUAUUAAAUGCUUGGCUAUUUCAUAUGUUCACUACCCUUACUUCAUUGUGGGGCUGUUAAAAUGUAUACAAUGUUAAUUGUUUGAGUAGUGAUUACCAUUUCUUUUGUGUUUUAAUGCAGUCUGUCAAUUGCAUCUCAAAAUCAGUGGUAAUUGAUUUAUCCACACCUGAGAAUGACAAAAGUGAUACGGUGAGUGAGUGGAGUAUGACUAAUGUUCUUAAGCCCCCUACCUCCCCCUCAUUUUCAAGGGAAAAAGUCCCCCCUCCCCCUUAAUGCUCUACAAUCAAAUUAACGUACCUUAGACUGCAAUGGGGAUUGAUCUGUUUCAGUCCAAACUUGACCUUCUGAUUCCCAGAGGGGUGUACUCCUUUCAAUUCUUGGUGGGGGUGUACCACCCGUUUCUCCAAAUCCUGACCCUAUUUUGGACCAAAAAAUGAAAGUUUCUAUACCCAUUUUCAGACCUGGCUUUUAGGCACAAAUUUUGUUAGCAUUUCUCAUUGUAAAUUAUUUCUUUAUGCAUAAAAAAGACAAUAAUUAUGUCAUGUUUAUUCUUUAUCUGUUACAUUAUGGUGUACCAGACUUUUCAACAAGAGUGCAGCUGCAAAUUUUACCAAAGUUGGAGGAAUAUAUAAAUUUUCAGACAAUCCUUAAAGAAAGAAUUAAACAAUUUUUUUAUUACAAAUCAACUUACUUUAUCUACUAGUAUAAUCCAGAAUUGGAGAUGUGGAUACGAGAGCAAAGGGCCCUCAGGGUACAGCCUGAAGACCCGGCAGGGGUGGAAGUAAGGGUUCUUACUCCACUGGGGAUGUGGAAACGAAAAAUUCCAAAAACAGCAUUUUACCAAGUAAGUCAUUAUUACUGUUUUCCAUUUCUGUUAAAAAUUAAUAAUUAUGUCGUUCACAGUUUUUUAUUCCAGUGAUAGUAAGAUGUAUGAAAAAGAACUUCAAUAUAACGAAACCUCAAUAUAGCGAACACAUAUUGCAAGUUCUUUGGCCCUUCAUUAAAUCGAGGUUCCACUGUACAUGAAAACAAAUGACACUCUCAAAACAAGUGUUUUUUCAGCCACAUGUUCAUUAUUAUUGACAUUUGGUGGCAUUGAUUUUCCUUUUCAGGAAGUGUACGACUGGUUGGGAGCCGAUUUCAAAAUUCCCCUUUUUUUUAUUCUUGUGCACCAAGCCACAAACAACAUGGUGCAUGCGAAACAAAAAGUAGAGACACAUAGACAUGUCUUGAAAGUUAUUAAAAAGGUAGAUAUCUAAAAUGAAUUAUUUGGACUGUAAUGAUAAGUAAAUAUUUUGUUCACUGAAUUGUGAUAAAAAUAAUACUCAGCCUUUAUUACUGGUUAUUGUUGUUAUUAGUAUAAAUAUUAUUGUCCUUAUAACUAUAAUAAGUACAAACAUACCACAUAUGCGUGUCAACUGUAUGUUUAUGCACUCACUGUCCCUUUCUCUCAAUCCACACCUUCUCUGAAAUGAAAGUUCCAUUAUUUCAAAUAAAUACAGCAUAGUUAUACAUAAUUAUUAUUUACCUACGGUACCUGUAUGUAUUUUAUCUUGGAAUAACUCAAGCAGUUAGUACCUUCUAUUGACAUGUUGUUAAUUAUGUGGUUUUUUUUUUUCUUUCCUUUUAUCCAUUUAUUCAGGAUGCCAGUGAAAUGAAGACACUGAUGGAGAAGGAAGAAGUAAGUACAAUAGUACUUACAAGUGGAGGCUUAACCUUACUAUUAUAGUUAGAGUUAGCACAUCUCUAGUCUUAACCCAAUGUUUCCCUAACCCCUAAAAAUAAACCCUAAUCUUCCUGCUAAUUCUAACCCUAACCUCAAACCUAUCGCUAAUACUGGAACCCUAAACCUUCUGUAACCGCAAACCUAACCAUAAUCCCUACCCUAACUCUUGCUGUUCUGCUAAUUCUAUCCUUAAUUUUGAUCCUUCCCUAGCAUCUAACCUCCACAUAACCCUAGCCUAACCUUAAUGCUAAUUCUUCUCUCAACCCUAAACCAAUCCUAGGCUAACCCUAACCUCACUGCUAAUUCUAAUCUUAACCCUAAACCAAUCCUAGGCUAACCCAGUAACCUCACUGGUAAUUCUAAUCUUAACCCUAAACCAAUCCUAGGCUAACCCUAACCUCACUGCUAAUUCUAAUCUUAACCCUAAACCAAUCCUAGGCUAACCCAGUAACCUCACUAAUAAUUCUAAUCUUAACCCUAAACCAAUCCUAGGCUAACCCCAACCUCACUGCUAAUUCUAAUCUUAACCCUAAACCAAUCAUAGGCUAACCCAGUAACCUCACUGGUAAUUCUAAUCUUAACCCUAAACCAAUCCUAGGCUAACCCCAACCUCACUGCUAAUUCUAAUCUUAACCCUAAACCAAUCCUAGGCUAACCCAGUAACCUCACUGGUAAUUCUAAUCUUAACCCUAAACCAAUCCUAGGCUAACCCCAACCUUUUUUCUAAUUCUAAUCUUAACCCUAAACCAAUCCUAGGCUAAUCCUAACCUCACUGCUAAUUCUACUCUUAACCCUAAACCAAUCCUAGGCUAACCUUAACCAUUUUGCUAAUUCUAUUCUUAACCCUUAAAGUGCUACUACGAUCAAAUUUGGGAAUUUGUUUUUGAUUACAUAUUUCGAAAAUGUAUGUAAAAGUGACUUACCGUGCCAAGUUUGGAGUCCAAAUAUGAUCUGGAAGUGUGUUUAUUUGCACGGCAAUUUUCGUAAAUGUCUUGCCGCCAUUACUCGAUUCAAAAAAUGACCGGGAGUAGUAUUUGAAGGAGUUGGGGCGAGAUGUGACGUAGAAAAUCAACGCGACAAAACAAGGUAAACAAACAUGGCUAAUUUCGCAUGCAGGACGAGAUAUUUUGGAAGCUUUUGGAGGUUCUUUCUUCGCUUUUUUGACUUAAAGCGAAAGUAUGCCUGGUAGACGUUGUGUUGUUCAGGACUGUGGAAACGUAAAGAACGAUGAAUUCUCCUGAUUCGGGCAGCGUUGGAUUAAAGUGGAAAAGGUUCGUGUCCAUUCAUCGGAAGGAUUUCAACACAGUGGGAAAAUUUGCUGUGUGCUCGGAGGAUUGCUAUACGCUUGCUUUUCCGAUGAAAGGCAUGAAAAGGAAUUGGAAGAAGGGGACGUUUCCAACCAUUUGGAAAAAAUCCUCUCAAACACUAUCAAAGCGGAGUCGACGAUCGGUGAGUGAAAUUACAAUUUAUUUGCGCUGUGCUUAUCACUAUUAUAUUUAUUUCCCCAUUUACCUGUGACAUGAUUUUUUCUGGCAUCGUUGUUCAAUAUGAAUGCUCUGACUAUUUGGACUUUCCAUAUUGUUGCAUGUGUUUUCAUACUUUUCUGCUUUCUUCUCAUAGUUAUAGUAAAACGGGAAUUUGCGCUGAGUGGACGUGAAGUCAAUUCCCCAAUUCCCAGACCUUUCCUCUCAAGCGUAAAAUUUAGAAAAAGUGAAGCUACAUAGAAAUCCGGCUCUCUAUUUUUUGAGAGAUUAUCUUGCUGUUACUUUGAGAUUUGACAGUACUCCAAACUUUCCGCCAAGAAAUCUUACAGCAAAUUAGGAGUUACACGCGAGUCUUUUAAAACGACCAAAAAUGGACUUAGUCUGAUUUCUACAUUCUAUAAGUUCAGUUACUGUUUGCGGGUUUUUUUUUUCGUUUGUAUUUUAAUUCUAUUUUCACUGUCUGCAAAUGAUGCAUACAUUUUAAGGCAAAGAUGCCGUUAAACCUUGCUUCCAUUUCUACUUUUGAAAACAUCGACAUAAAGCUCAAAUUUAAACUUGUUUUGAUGGGGAGAUAUAAAAAAUGGUCCUACCUAUUUUCAUUUUUAGCUACUAAAUGAAAUUCUGGCUGGUCAAACUACUAAUGAGGAUACAGAGGAAGAAGACAAUCCUGAAGAAGAGGUGAUCUCUUUGAAAGGAAGUUCUGCACCUGAGGAGAGUGCUGACACUAUGGGGGCUCCCAAUCUCAACCCUGAGGAGUCUCCAGAAGUCGAGGGUGUUCUGAACACAAGUCAGGGUUCCUUGCUUGAGGUAAAUCCUGAAAAGGAGGACUGCAUCCCUGAGACUGAGACGGGUGAGGUAAGUGUUGAUGCUGAGAUGGCUUCAGAGGUCCUAGGUACUCCUGGUGAUAAGACAACUCUCGAGAACCAAGGGAUUUCCGGCACUGAUGAUGUUACUGAGACCAUGCAGAUCCUGGAGGCUCAGGGAAUCGAAAAAGUGCAGGAUAUGGAUAAGUUAUGCAGAUUGAUGAAUCAUUAGUGAUUCCUGAACUUGAACAGGUUUCUAUGGUAGGCGCAUAACUCUAAUUAAUGUUUAUUUGCAUCUUUGUAUUAUCAUAACAAUGGAAAACUACAUGUGCAGUUAUUUUACAACAAUACUAAAACACAAAAAUUCUGAAGUCUUGUUAUUACAGCCUGUAUUAAUGUUGAAAGUUUGUUUUUUGUAGGAUACUCCAACUGGACAUGCUGGGAACUGCACAACAUGCAAAACCCUGAGGAGUGAGGUGACUCAGUUAAGGGGCAAAGUCACAAGACUGAAGAGUAAGUUAAUCUCCAAUCAAGAUCAGUGGGUUGAAACCUUUAAGAGCAUACAAGAGCCGAAGCAGUUGCCGAUGGUGAAUGCUGGUGAGUCAACAAUAAUUAUUGAUGUUGAUGAGUCAUAUAGGCAUAACUGCCUAUCUUUAUAUUUUUAUUACAUUUUAUCAAUGUUUGAUUAUUUAAUAAUAAUUAAAAUUUUAAUGGUAAUAGAAUUUUUUUAAUUCCAUUUGUUUAAGCUAUUCAAACUGAUCCAUGGCCAGUAACAAAUGAGACAGAGUUAGGGCUAGAGGAUGAAUCAGAAGAUGAGCAGGAAAUGCAGGACAGCGCGUAUGAGGAGUUUGAGUGUGAUGAAGACCCUACAUGGAGUCCUGAAGGAAUCAAAGAUGCAUAUAAAAAACUAAAGGAAGAUGAUGACUCGGUGAAGACUCAUCAGAACCCAAGGUACAAAGAUGCAAAAUUUAUUGCAUUUUAACAUCUUAGCUCUAAGUAUCCUCUGGGAAGUGAUUUAGGCCUAAAACUAACUUCCAUUAUGAGUGGAUCUAUUUAGAAACAAGAGUACAUGAAAUUUGUUUUUUAAUUUACUCAGAUAAGAAUUGCAAAAAAAAAAAAAAAGAAGAGGCAUAGCCAGCCCAUAGACUGGAAGUCCCAGGCCUAAAAAUGUUUGGUUUGUCCACUCAACCACUUGUAAUAAAUUAUGCAUCGUUGGGGUGGGCUAGAUAGCUUAAUGGCUCAAAGUUGUCAUGUGUGCAAUCAACAGAAUUAUUAUAAAAAAGCAUUUUUCAGGAUGUAUGUGAGAGUAAAAUCCCAACCCACGAUUAGCCAGGUUUACAACAAGUUGAAAAACUGGCAACACCCUGAGAAAAACAACAAAAAUGAUAAUCAUUUUUUUUAUUGUUAUUUUAUUAUUUCAGAUGCUAUGAUUAAAUGAGUAUUUCCUUUCAAUCAUUUUUUACAGGUUGGAUCUACAAGGAAAAAACAUUCGAGAGGAAUCGAAGGGAAUUGUUUUCCUUUCCAAACUUCUUCUUUUGUUUCAGUUCUGCCACUUGUGCUUCUUUUCAAAACCCAAACUUUCUGUAUCACAGACAGGUACCUUGUUUACCGUAGAAAGUUUCUGCAGAAACUGUAGCCAGACAAAAGUCUGGAAGAGUCAACCAGACCUGCCAGGAAAGUUUCCAGCAGGUAACCUGCUAUUAAGUUUUGCAGUGCUCUGUGAGCCGAGUGAAAAGAAAGAAACGAUACAUUAA